AUGUUAUACCUUACCGUUUUUUUGAUUAACUGUUAAGCAUCGAUUUCAACAUGUUUGAGAAUACAUGUACCCUGCCUCUGUCGGCAGACGUAUUCGCAACAGCCCUCCACCCCACGGAGCCCCUUCUGAUCGUUGGUUUAUCGAGUGGCCACGUUGAGACCUUUCGAUUGCCAUCCAGCUCUUCUUCCGACGACAAUACCGAUGGCGAUGGAGACACGAGCGUGCUGAGCGACGGAAAGAGUAUGAUCGAAUCCGUCUGGCGCACUCGAAGACACAAGGGAAGCUGUAGAUCCUUGGUCUACUCGCACGAUGGUUCAGCUGUCUAUUCAGCUGGAACCGAUUCGCUGGUAAAGCACUUUGACCCCAAAACCGGUCAAGUCAUUUCCAAAUUCGUGAUUCCUUCUGCAACUACGGUUCCCGAUGCGCCGACCCUCCUCCACGUCCUGAACCCUCAGAGCCUGCUUCUUGCGACCGACUCAGGUGCCCUCCACAUCAUUGACCUAAAAGACGGCAAACUGGGACAGAAGCCCGUCCAGACUCACUUCCCUCAUGCCGACUAUGUUUCUUCUAUAACACCUUUGCCGCCCACUAGCGCCAGCACCAGCGGAUUCCCGAAGCAAUGGGUCAGCACUGGCGGUACCACGCUCGCCGUGACCGAUGUUAGGAGAGGGGUGCUUGUGCGCAGCGACGACCAGGAGGAUGAGCUGCUAUCUUCUUGCUUCGUUCCAGGCAUGGGCCCUAAAGGACAUCGCAACAACGGCGUUUUGGCGGUAGGAUCCGGCUCGGGUGUAUUGACCAUGUGGGACAAGGGAGCCUGGGACGAUCAGCAGGAACGAAUCAUCGUGGACGGCGAUAAGAAGGGUGGCGGUGAAAGUAUCGAUGCCAUGGUCUUGGUCCCGCAAGAGUUGGGACUCGGCAAGAAGGUCGUCUGCGGUGUAGGUGAUGGCAGCUUGCGUGUGGUCGACCUUGUUCUUAGGGAGGUGGAUAUUUCGGCCAAUUUGCGUCACGAUCAUAUGGAGAGCGUUGUGUCGCUGGGUUUCGAUUGCGAGAACCGCCUCAUCAGUGCCGGCGGAAGGACCGUGAAGCUUUGGGAAGAACUAUCUGCUCUUCAAGGAGGCAACGAUGAUGAUGAGGAAGAGGACGAAGAUAACGACGAUAGCGAUGAUAGUGAUGCUGGAGAGAAUGGCAACGGCAAGCGAGCUGCUGAUAGCGACAGCGACGACGAUAGUGAGGAAGACCAAAUUGCGGAGAUGAAGCGCAGGGCCAAGCGACGCAAGGAGGUCCAGCAGAGCAAACUUGGGCCCAUGGGAGCCCACGGCAUUAUGGGGUUUGAGGGCUUGGAUUGAGUGGAGUUUUUCGGCGAUACAAAUGCUGUUACGAUACCCGGGGUAGACAUGACGGAGGUAGUGCGAUCAGAUGGUCAGAACGGUCAGAGCUCAAAUUAUGGGCGAAGAUACAAUUCAUUACAAGCAUAAGAAAUAAAGAUUAAUGUUGACAACCUUUCAAUUUUUCAAUAUCUGGCUAUCUAUCUAAUUUGUGAAGAAGCCCGCCCUAAGAGGUGGACAUCCAACGACUCAUGUGCAGUUGGUAGUCUUCCGAAACGAAGCACGAUCACAUACAUAGUGAAAUAACCAAAAACCCAUUCGUGUUUAGUCGGGGAGAGAAGUAUCCCUCGGUCGAUGCUACACGACCUACGGUGAUAAUUCUUUGAGGCCCAGUAGCCUCAUGUUUUGACUCGAGACCCAGUAGUCUCUUUUGAUGAGUCUUCUCGAAGCCCAGUAGCUUCGGAAAGUACAAGUGCACUUAUUCUAUCCCGGAAAGGGGGCAGAAGCAGAUACCUUGCCAUUACACAUGGCGCCAAGGAUUGCAUCUGAACCGGUGACUAGAGAAAGGACUUGAAGCGGCAUCGUCCCCAGAAAUACUCUAUCAGAGAAUUAUGGAAGACCAAGCGGGUGGUCUAUGUCUUGCAGAGAAGCGCGCGAUAUCCCGGUGAUGCAAUGCAGAGUACUAGAAAACUCCGCAGACCGGGGGUCAUGCUCCUUUCUCCAUGAUUCCUCAAUCGCGUGAAGGGUGACGCGGGGUGGGUGGUGUGCGUUGUGCGAAUAUCGCAAAAAUCAUUAUGAUCCCAUAUCCGAGAAAUCGGUGUGAAGGUGGGGAUCCUGGUAUCAGAAUAGGAGGCUGAAGGGUCCCUCGCAGGUACAAGACAGGUGAUUUUAAAUGAGAUUAUAAAAAAGAUGUCCGGGUGGACAAAACCAGAAGGUGUUAAACGCCUGGAAUGUGAAGAUAGCCCCAGCAGGCAUCUUCUGAUUUGGGCAGCGUGUCGGCUCGAGCAAAGUCCUCCAUGACUUUCUCAUCGCUGGGCGCUGAAAAUCGAGUUGGAGAGCUCAUGGUGAGGUUGUCGUCGUAAAUUAUAACGGUGGGAAGUAUCCUGGUGUCGUGACCGCUGCCUUUUUCUUCGGAAGAUGAGUCGCUAGGUCCUCCGCCUGGGUGUAGUUCACUUCCACUAUAUGUCGUAGGGAUGCAAAUGUGAGGGAUUCCUUUCCGUAAGCCAACAGCUCGGGCCAAAGUAACAGCAGAACCUCCCCCGACGCUGACAACGCAAUCUCGUCCAGAUGCCCGACCUGGCACGGUGGUAUUAGAUGAACAGAGAAUUUGACUGUCGAGAUUAGGAAUAAUGGCUUGAAUUUUGCGAGCGAUAUUUGAUCUUGAAGGGCUCGACACAAUGAGCGGUGAAGACAAGUGCAACCGAGCCAGCUCAGAUGGUAGACGAUGAAUUGCGUCAGGACCGACGACUAGACGAGGUGAUGAAGAAGGACGUUUUGGUCGGCGAUGUCGAGAUCGAGAGGAAGGUCGCUGGGCCGUGCCGGGCGGACCAGCGUGCGAAGGUGGAGGAGACAAGUUGGUGGCUGGUGGCGUCACAAGAGCGGACGCCUUGAUGGCGAGAGCGUCAACAAGCUUGUCACGGAUAGCAACGAGAUCAGGAUCAGUAACUUUUCGUGGUGACAAACGAUGAAUGCCGUUGGUGGAGUGGUGCAUGAAGGGCCGAUGCCGGCUGUCCGGAGGUAUCCAGCAGCGGUAGCGGUUGUUGAGGUAUAUCGAAGUCCAACCUGCGCGACAUCAAUCAAGUGCCCAAAAUGACAACAAUAAUGGAUUGAAGACGAAAACUGGAAAAGAAGGAAUCGAUCGAGAUUUGAUGAAAGUUCAGAGAUUCACAAGUUAAAGACAUAGCACAAGAUGAGCUAGGGCACAUUAUUAUGGGCAGAUAGAAUAGGCGUGACCUGGGACGAGACGAGACCAGACGUUUGAGCGAAAAUCUGUUAGCAGCACCUGUUUCUGCCUGUGAGAGGAGAGUGGCCGUUUGUUGUGGUUUUUCGCCACGGAAAAAGACGCCACCUCUGCCUUUUGACUAGGGGACUAGGAGCUUAGGCGUAGGAGAAGGGGAAAUUUGGUCUCUUUGUUUUUAAUAAUACAUCAAAGAAAGGGUCCAACCGAUGGUCUAGAGCCGAAGAUGGGAAUGGUCAAGCGGCAAUGCCUUGUCUGUUUGGUGCCAGUCCCUGCGUGAGACCCUGAAAAACUGAUGUAAAAGGGGGCAAAAGGUGUAUUGUUUCUGUCAUGAAGACGUCAAAUGUGCAACGGAGGGGGAUGCUCUUGACCCCUAGAAACACACAGGAGGCAGUUUAUCCGUCCCGGCCGGGGGGGUAGCUCCGUUAAGUGGAGCAAGGAUCGGAGACAUAGUCUCGUGGUAACGGAGCAAGUCCGCCAAUGAGAAGUGAUACGGAAGAUCGUGGUUGGCUGCGGACAUGGAAGGAAGAGAAAGGAAGGGCAAAAUCAAGAAGCGCAUCCCUUUGUGUCAUAAAAC